AUGUUUCACAGCGAUCCCUUGGCCGACUACCUGCUCCGCAACCGGGCCGAGAUCCCGCUCUCAGCGUGGAGCGACGACCCGUACGAGGGCCUCAGCGCCUGCACUUCGGGAGGGCACGCCCGCGACCCACGCUCGCCGGUGUUGCUCGUCGUGGGUGGUUUCGACCCGGAAGCACCAGGUGACACCGCCGUCGGCACCAAGAUUCUUCGGUACCACAUUGAAAAGAAUGUCUGGGAAAAGCUAGAAAGUUUCCCGAUGCCCCGGCAUCACCACUGUGCAGUGCUGCAUAGAGACAAAUUGUACAUCACAGGUUUCAACUGGCAGGAGGCUACGACAACUACCAGACCGCAUCGUUCGAACCUGGAGCCGACCUGCAUGUGCUUCUCGUACGAUCUCACGAAGAAGCAAUGGCAGCCGCUACCCAACAUGGCGCGCAGCAGGGCGUACCACGCCGCCGCCUGCUUCGAUGGCACGCUCUUCGUAGUCGGGGGCAGGAGCUCAAAUGGAGAGAUCCUGUCGUCGGUGGAGGCAUUGUGCCUGGAGGAGCGGCGCCAGUGGCAGGAGCUGCCGUGCCGCCUGUGCAGGCCUCGCAUGGCCGCAGGCAGCACGCAGAUGGACGGCCGCCUCUGGCUCGCCGGCGGGCUCACCGACUCCCGAGCAGGCCUCGUAGUCAUCUCGGACGUCGACUGCUUCGACUUGAGCAGCUGCGAGUUCUACUUCCACGUGAGCUUUCUUCCGACUCCCCGAUGCUUCUUCUCGCUGGUGGCGGUGGACAACAAGUUGUUCGCGCUGGGCGGCUGCUCGGUGAGGGACAACGAGCUGGACAGCCUGGGCGACGUGUGGUCGUGCCUGGACCACUGCUGGGAGCGGAGAGGCACCUUCGACCAGGGAUACCACGACGUGGGCACCGUCGCCUACGGCGACAGCGUCUACAUGGUGGGCGGCCUGUCGUCGGACACCAAGUCGGGCAUCCGUGCCGUGUCCUGCUACCGCACCGCGCUCAACGCCUUCACGCCCAGCCUGGCGCCCCUGCCCCGGGCGCUGUGCGGAGCCGCCGUGGUCGUGCUGCCUCCGAUGGAUCUCGGAGUGGCUGACUCCACCGGCGGGGACUGCAAGCGUUGGACGGCCAACUGUCGGGCCGGCGGCGGAGGGGGCUCCGACGUCGAGAGCGAGCCCUUCCCCAACAUGGACAGAUGCACACGGGUAGCACCUGUGACGGACUCCGGGCGCAGCUCGUCGGCUGGUUCUGCGCCUCCACGCCGUGCACAGGCCGGACCACAGCCCAAUCAAGGGGACCCCUGGCUCACGUGGCGCCGUUCGAGCACAGAACGCCAGUCGUCGAUCUUCAGCGAGCCCACUGCCGCCGCCAUCGCCGCUGCAGCCGCAGCGCCAACUGAAAGAGCACAGCAAGCCCGUCAGCAGUCGCCGCCGCGCUGCGCCCAUUCCGAGUACAGGAGACUCGAGGCCAGCAAGUAGGCUCCCGAACAUGGUUCCUCGUUCCACGCUAUAUAGUGCGUCGUUGAAGGACAUUCUUCUUUACUUUUUUCUUUUUUUUUUAUGUGAGCCCUUCUGUGACUGCUCAGGAGUGAGCACC